AUGACGAAUAUCAGGAGACUUAUGGAGCGUGCAAGCAAUAUUGUCAAAUUCUACCUAGGACCCAUGCGCGUAUACUUUGUGCAGGGGGGAGAAAGCGUGCAAGCCAUGUUUCGAUCAUCUACCAGCAUCAGCUCGAACAAGUUCAUUCUCUUGGUCAUGAGAAAUCUGCAAGGUUCGGCUCAAAAAGACGUCGACAAGUUCGCAAACGAUCUAUCAGGGCGGCAAAGAGUACCCGCACCAGGCUACGAAAAUACACCGCAAGAGGAGCGAUAUUGGUACACAUUGCACCAUAUUACGGUUGAACACUUAUCACGCGCAGAGCCCACUGCUCAUUUGGCAGAGACUUACACAAAGUUCUUCAACGAGGCUUUGGAAAAGCAGCCUGUGGGCCAGUGGGCGAACGUUCAUCUUCUGGAUUUCUUGAAGAGAGAAAUGUGUGCAAGCGCCAUCAGAUCUUUCUGUGGUACCGAGUUAUUAAAGAUGUUCCCAGACUACGUUGAGCAGUUCUGGCGCUUCGAUAGUAUCGCCUUCCAGGUUGUGUAUGGGCUACCAAAGUGGAUCAACAGUGGUCCGGUGAAUGAACGCGAUAAGUUAAACGGCAUGACGCAGAAGUAUCUGGAAAAGGCCUUUGCGAACUUUGAUUGGGACGGUCCUGCGGUGGAUUCCACCUGGGAGCCCACGUUCGGAUCAAGCUAUGUUCGCAAGAUCACCAAAUGGCUUCACGACACAAAUAUGGCUCCGGAGACCAAAGCAGGAUUCUACAUGAUUGCGAUCUUUGGUGAGGCUCUUGAGACCCUCAACGUGGAUCCCGCCACCGGGACGCGGUCCUUCAAUGUAUCCAAGCUCAUCUCGAUGCCGUUGAUGCAGUCUAUUUAUACGGAGUGCAUGCGUCUUCAUGUCUCCAUUGCGCUCUCCAGAGAAGUUGUCGAGACGACCACGCUCCACGGCUUCCGCUUGAAAAAAGGCUCAAUGAUACAGGCUCCGACGCAUCUUGUGCACUUAGACGAGCAAAUAUGGAGCCAGGAAGGGCACUCUGCUUCCGAGUUUUGGGCAGAGAGACAUGUCAAGCAUGUGAAGCGAGUAGACGAAGAUACUGGUCGACUUACUACCGAAAAGCAGUUCGUAUUGGCGGGAAAGACUAAUGAAUUCAUCCCGUUUGUCACAAAGUUCGACAUGGAGUUUGUUGAGUGGACAAAUCUGGACGGGUCCAAGUCUGAUCGACCCCCUGUGGAUGAUGAGCGGUACUUUGGUACAGCUGCUGUGCCUCCCGAUCGCGAUGUCAAGGUACGGUGGAAGAAACUCUGGUGA